UCUGAGAAGUAUGAUAUCCAAAAUGUCUCGCACCAGUUGCUAUAUCAUUACAGAAACCCUGUAGCGCAGAGUACAGAUGCGUGUAGAGGCAAAAUAGGUUUCCGACAUGGACGUCAUGCUUGGGAAGUUAUCUGGGAAGGACCUUUAGGAACGGUAGCAGUAAUAGGAAUAGCCACUAAAGAAGCACCUCUGUUGUGUCAUGGAUAUGUAGCGUUACUUGGUUCUGAUGAACAUUCCUGGGGUUGGAAUCUUGUUGAUAAUCACUUGUUACAUAAUGGAGAUCCACAGGGAAAUUAUCCUUUACUCAAUAAUGCUCCAAAGUAUCAGGUUGGAGAAAGAAUUAGAGUAAUUUUAGAUUGUGAUGAUAAUACAUUGUCUUUUGAGAAGAAUUACGAAUUCCUGGGUGUAGCUUUUAGAGGGUUACCAGAUAAGAGAUUAUAUCCAUCAGUAUCGGCAGUUUAUGGAAACACAGAAGUGUCCAUGGUAUACUUAGGACCACCAUUGGAUGGCUAACACAUUACAUUUGAGAAAAACAUAUCCUCAAAAAGCUCACUAUUGAGGCUGUACAAUGCAUUCUUAAUGCCAAGUUUUCUGCACUAUAUCGACAUUGUCUACGUUUAAGUAGAACAGAGCACACGACUACAAACUGUACAAUAUUCUUUACAGAGAAUGUGUGCCUGCUAGAUUACUUGGUCAAUAAUUGUAAAUAAUAGACAUUUUAUUUUGACUGCAAAGUUUAUCAUCCAGUACAUACAAUGGCUUGGUUUGUUUGAACAGUCAAAUAGAGUGAUUUUGAUUAUUGUAAUAUUAUGUGUGUAUACACACAUGGAGGCUUUAAGUGAUAUUAGUUCUUAAAUAAUUGUUUGUAUGAAAAUAUUUCAGUAAUACUUACUGAAACAGUAAUAUUUACUGAAAUACUUUUUAUUAAACGAUGCCAUUGUGUGUAUGAAUAUUGCUAUAAUUAAAAUUGAGAGUCAUCAAUAAUCUUCGACAUACAUGUAUAUAUAUGAGUAAUAUAUUUGUCAUACUUAAUAUCUCCAUGCAGAGAAUAUUAUUUAUUAUUAUUUAUAUUUAGUUAUGCAGAAAGAUGCAAUGCACGAUAUCUUAAUAAUCUUUUAUUUUUAAAAAGAUUUCGUUUUAAUGUUAGUGCCAUGAAUAAUAUUUAUGAAUAUUCCGAUAUUUUGACAUCUCUCUUUAUGAUAUAUAUUAAUCUCAGGACACUCGUUACAACUUUGCAACCUCUCAUUUUUUAUUGCUAGAUAGUAAGAACAAAUGAAUUCAUUGUAUUCUUCCAGAAUGCUCAUGUUCUUUUUAAUAUAUUUGUAUUAUAUAACAGUGUAUUGAUAUAUUGUGAAUGAGAUAUCGUUAGCAACAGAAAAAACAAUAAGAAAAUCUUUCUUAUUUUUCUGUAAAAAUUAACUAUGAUUUGUUUGUUUGAUUUAAUUAUGAUUGAUUGUCUACAUAUAUAGAAAGCUAAUAUAGAAUUUUUAAGAUUAGUUCUAUAUUUUCUUUGUAUUAUAAUAUAAUCAAACCAGAAACGAUUUUCAGAAGCAAUUCUUCACAUAAUAGUAUACAGGGUGUCCCACUUAAAGUGUUCAUUGAGUAUAGCUAUAUUAUUUUUUGUACAAGAACAAAUUGCGAAAAAUAGUUUGUAGCAUAUUAAAAUUAAACAGAGAACGGGUUCUCAGGCAAGGCCUCAUUCAAUAAGCACACUAAAGAUUAUUCGUCCUAAAUAGAAAACUAGAUUUUAUAUUAUUAUUUUUUUUUUUAACGAAAUGAAUGCGAACCUCCAAACCUUCAUAUAACAAUACAUAUACUACUUUAAUGAUUUCUCUUUACAAGAAAUGCGAAAAAAAGAAAAAGAAAAUAUAUAAUAAUUAUAUAGCAUUGUCUAAUGUGCAAUGCAUUUUUCCUCGUAUUUUAAACAUUUAACAUUCUUAUAUAUUGCAUUAAUAAGAUCUCAUUUAGACUUUAAAUCAUAUAUUAUGCUCUAUGUGUUGCCAGUCAAUCUCAUUUUAAUACCUCAUGUAUAUGCUGUAUAAAUUUUUAUGCCACUAUUGUGGAUAAAUGAAUGCACAAGAGAAAUAUUUCUUGCAUAAAAUAUUAAAAACUGUCCUUUUCAUUCAUCGUCUAGAAAAUUUUUAUGUUGAUAACAAUUACAUAUAUAAAUAGAUAUAAAUAUGAAAGAUUGUAUAUUACAAUCUGUGUUAAGUCUGUAUUUAUAAAUAAUGUGCUGUUUUUAAUAUAAAAGAUUGAAUACCAAUGAGAUUAGAAUGAACUAGGUAUGAUCAGUAAGAAUUAUUUAUAUUGUACAUAUUUAUUAUGGUGAUUGCGUUUGCUGUAUGUAGUGUUCGUGAAUUAGUUUUUCUAAACUUUUGUACAGAAUCGUGUACAUAGUGAUUAUAAAUAUUUGGGAAAUAAACUUUAUUUCAUAUGUA